CUUCCGGGGUGAUUGCCACCGUUUCCGGGGCGGGGCGGGGCGAGGCUUGCCCCUCGAGCCGACGUGCUUCAGCAUCCUCCCGGUUCGUGUCUCCACGCUCCCUGCUGCAAUGAGCUUCCUCAGAAGUUUCCCGCCGCCUGGCUCGGCUGAGGGGCUUCGGCAGCAGCAGCCAGAGACCGAGGCUGUGCUGAACGGCAAGGGCCUCGGCACCGGCACACUGUACAUCGCUGAGAGCCGCCUGUCUUGGUUAGAUGGCUCUGGAUUAGGAUUCUCACUGGAAUAUCCUACCAUUAGCUUGCAUGCCGUGUCCAGGGACCUAAAUGCCUAUCCACGAGAGCAUUUGUAUGUUAUGGUGAAUGCCAAAUUUGGAGAAGAAUCAAAGGAAUCUGUUACUGAAGAAGAAGAAGACAGUGAUGAUGAUGGUGAACCUAUUGCUGAAUUCAGAUUUGUGCCUAGUGAUAAAUCAGCAUUGGAGGCCAUGUUCACUGCAAUGUGUGAAUGCCAGGCUUUGCAUCCUGAUCCUGAGGAUGAAGACUCAGAUGAUUAUGAUGGAGAAGAAUAUGAUGUAGAAGCACAUGAACAAGGGCAGGGAGACAUCCCUACAUUUUAUACCUAUGAAGAAGGAUUAUCCCAUUUAACAGCAGAAGGCCAAGCCACAUUGGAGAGAUUAGAAGGAAUGCUUUCUCAGUCUGUGAGCAGCCAGUAUAACAUGGCUGGAGUCCGGACAGAAGAUUCAAUAAGAGAUUAUGAAGAUGGGAUGGAGGUUGACACUACACCAACGGUUGCUGGACAGUUUGAGGAUGCAGAUGUUGAUCACUGAAAAUGAUUUAUGCUGCUGUGGGGAUAUCCAGGGUAUCCACUGCAUCUGAGAUCUGUCAAAGUAAACCAAUGGUUUGCAAGAAAUCAUCAGAUUUCUCGAGUUACUUUUUAAAAAAAUCUUUCAUUUCAAUCAAGUUUUAAUUUUGUAGAAAAAGAACUAAGAAACAGAACUACAAAUUGCUACUCCUCACUCUUAUUAUUAAUCAAUCAUGUUGCCUGUACUUUAAAUUGAAAGGCACCUUUUUAAGGUGCCUUUAAAUUGAAAGGUACCCAUGAUCAUUUUUCAGUCUGAGUGUCAGGUUGUCAUGAGGAAAGAGGUAGCGAUAAGUUAUCUUUCCUUUCUACCAUUAAAACAAUCCCUUUGUAGGAUAUUUGAACCCUUGGCAGUAUUUCACAAGAUCUCAGUUUCAGCACAGAAAUGGCUCCUGUUGCUGGGGUUCAAAAAAAGCACUGAAUGGAGGAUCUAUAUGUCUGCACUACUGGUAAAGAACGGGCUGCAAAUGUAUAGAAUAACGGGGAUACCAAUAUUGGCAUCGCAGAGGUGUAGGGGUUUCAAAUGUAUCUUGGUAAAGAACUUCGUGCCUCAGGUCGUAGAGGCUCCGGAGGUGCCAAGUGUUUUGUGGGAAUAACAAACCUGCGUAGACCAAAAAGGUGAUGAGUGCUGCCAGCAGGUGGAUACGAAGCUUGGUUCUGAUCUCCUGGAAGUGCAGCAAAGCGCUGUGGAAGAUAAAGGAGCAGAUGGCCUCUGUGAUGACCGCUUUGGGUAAGUCGACUUGAAUAGGAUUCCUGCAAACGAAGGUCCUCUCGUUGAGGUGAUACUUGGUCAGCCCCAGGCUCCACAAGGCGCUUAUGCAGUACCUGCUGCACAGGGCACCAAUCAGCUGAGCCAACAGCCUAAUCGCACCCGUCUCAGGGGACAUUCCCCCCAGCAACAUCUGCAUCAACACGCCGCACGGGUUGCUGGAGGUGCCCACCAGAGUCAGGCCAUGCACCAAAGAGAAGAAGUAGAUUAGCGUCAGCGGCCAGGUGGGGUGCGCGGGUUCCUGCUCGCUCAGCAGUUGCAGCUCAUGGGUGCAGAAGCAGAGCUGGAAGGUGGCCAGAAACUCCAAGACGAAGGUGUGGGCCAUCAUGAACCUGUGCAGCUGCAGCCGGGUGACCACGCGGGCCAGCCCCAUGAACAGCACGAGCAACAGCAUCAGCCCCAGUGAGGUGCAGGUGUCCUGCACCUCCGGCCAGAGGCCCCGCAGCGCCGUCAUGUCUCGCUCCUGACCAGACUAGGCUGCCUGCUUGGCUCUAGCAGAAGCAGCGUCGGGGCAGGAGUCCCAAGUCCUAAGUCUGCAGCCCCGCCCCCUCCUCACGUCCCGGGGGCGGACCGACUCAGGGCGAGCUGGAAGCCCCUGGGUGUCACGCUGGAGGACGCCUCCCCGCCCUCCUCCCCUCCCCGGCUCGAAGCUUGGGUGUUGGGAGCCGGGGAAGAGAGGAGGGGAAGGGCGACAAAGGAAGUUCUGCUAGGGCACCGGCUAAAGGGCCCACCGUCAGUCCGACACGCACACGCCCCCGCCACCUCCCUGAGGGACUGGAAGCCGGCGUAGGUCUGAGAGGGCGCGGAGGGACGCUGCGCGCCGAGGCCAUUGCGCAUGCGCGCGGGGACCCGUGAGCCCUUGCGAGCGGCUCGACCAGAGCUCCGAGGACGCCAGCCCCGGCACCUAACGGGAAUGUUCGCGUUCACUGCGAAGUUGACACUUGCUUUGAAGGGAAGACCUUGAAGGUUUUUCUUCCCUGCUCCUAAAAUGGUAAAACUGUCCGGCUGGAAACACUCCUAGAGAGAAUCUCGUCCAACCGCCUCGUUUUUAUUAAUGGGGCGACUGAGAAGAUGGGAGGUGACGGAGGUGGGACGCAGAGGCCAGGGGUGGUGAAAGGGAGUAGACUUUGGAGUCAAACGAAGCCGUGGGUAGACUUUGGAGUUGAACGAACCGGGGUUUGACUUGUGUGAACAAGGGCAUGCAACUGAGUCUCCUUGUGCUGAGUUUUCUUCACCUGCCUCAUGUUGGGCUGGCAGAAAGAAAGGGCUACUUAAGAUGGCGAAAGUUCCCGCCACAAAACCUGAGCUCCCACAGAAAACAAAGACCCAAGCAGGAAUCUGAAACACACACCCCACCCCUUCCGGCCCCAGUGGGCCAAUGGAACCCUGACAAGCAAAAUCUGAGACCCCCCGCUCCAGCUCCAGUGGACCAAUGGGACCCCAACAAGCAGACGAAUUAUCCAAAUAAGGGAAACUUGCCAAAAGACCCCUGAACUCCCCUCUAGACCCCCUUAAAAGCCCCCUUCUCCCUGCCUCGGGACUUCCCCCACUCUGCUUUUCCAGAGUUGCGGAACCUCGGGGGAGGGUGCCCUCCUCCCCCCGUCGCAGUUUUCCUGGCUCCCCUUCUCCUGAGCCCUGAAACUGCGCCGGAGAGUGCCUUUAAUAAAUCUUGCCUUGUGCCUA